CGUGAGGGCGGAAGUGACGCUUCGUCCCAAUGCUGGGCGCCCGGCGGCGAUGGCGUAGGCGGCAGCGGCAGUGGCAGUGCGGCGAUGGCGUAGAGAGCGCGAUCUCGUUCCCGCAUUCUUCAAUCCGGCUGAGGCGCGAGGUACGAUGAUGCGUAGGGCCCUAUGUUGCAUCUCGUACGCUGCGAAUGCGAGUGUAGCCAUGCGCCGGAUCUUGUAACUCGACGGGCACAACUAGACGGGAAAACACUCGAUGGUCGGGCUGACUUGAAAGGAGCAGCUGGUUUCUACCUUUGGAUCCGGGCAGUCUUCAACAGCGUAGGGCGUUCCUGUAUGAUUCGGAAUCCGCUAUUUCGGAGGUUUGAGAUCAAGGACAAUCCUUUGUACCAGGGUAAGCACAACAUGCCAGCAGCCCCUUCUCGGUCCGAGCCGGCGGACGUUCGCUCAUCUGGUCUGGGAUUGUGUGGCUUUGGCUCGGGUCCGUCGUCUCCAAAAGCAGGCAAGAAGAAAAGAGAAAAGUCACCAAAGCGAGACAGGCCCAAGUCACCACCAUCGUCUCCAAAGCCUCAGAAAGUCAAGGCUCCAAAGGCUCCAAAGGCCCCGAAGGCCCCGAAGGCUCCAAGGCCACCGGGAAAGCCACGCUUGUGUUGGCCUUUCUUCUCGUCCUCCAAGAAGCCGCGGAAGCAAAAGCAAAAGCAAAAGCCUCCGGAAGUGAAGAUCCAGAAGCCUGUAGAAAGUGAUAGCAGCAAAGGAAGUAGCAAGGCGAGUAGUAGAGGGAGUAGUAGAGCGAGUAGCCGGCCUCCAAGUCGACCAACGAGUAGACCGACCACUCCAAGUCCUGCGAGGUCCGAGGCGUCGAGUGUGGAGAGUGUGCAGGUCAAGAAGCAAAAGAAACCUGAAAUGCCCGAGAAGAAGCCUGAGAAGCCCGAGAAGAAGCCCGAGAAGAAGCCCGAGAAAAAGCCUGAAGUUAAGCUGGAAGUUAAGAAGCCCGAGAAGCCCGUGAAGAAAAAAGUUCCGAAGCAGAAGAAAGCUAAGUCCGGCGGAUGGCUUUGCUUUCCUUUAUUUUCUCGCAAGCAUCCAGCAGGGAAGAAAAGCAAGAAGAAGCGGGGACUCUCCGAGGAAAGGAAGAACGAGUUGAAUAAGGCUGUCGAGAGGCACAGGGAGCAAUGGUUCCAGCAGAGGGAGGCCAAGGAAGAAGCAAAGAAGGCCAAGGAAGAGCUGGAACAUGAAGAUAAGAAGAAGCAAAAGGAGAAGGCAAGGAGAGGAAAGUUGACGAGGGAGCAGAAAGAGAAGCUGGAGCUUCAAAAGCGUCAGGAGAAGCCCAUAAGUUUCCUGGACUGCUCAAUCUGCCACAAGCUGCUCAAGUACGCCGUGGAAAUCGACUGCGGGCAUGCGUUUUGUCACUCCUGCCUACGGAGAAAGAUGAGCCGCUCGAAGCUGUGUCCGGUGUGCAUGUCGGAGAUCGAGUACGUCCAUCCUUCCUAUGUGUUGCGAGAACUGGUGGAAAAGUUCGGUUCCAAGGACGGUCCUAAGAAGCUUACAGCCGACCUGUUGCAAGCGUCAAGCUAUUAUGAGGAACAGGACCCCAUUGUUAUUGCGUGCCAGUUCGUCGCUGCUGGUGGUACCUGCUGCUCUGGCACCAACGGAGCGUUUGAUCCGGCAGAUUUGUAUAAGACGUCGAGGCUUGAAGAGUAUGUUAGCGACGAGGAGUAUCUAGAUACAAUCAAAAUGGUGAAUCAGAUUCUUUCCAGCUGGUCUGGAAGCGCCUUUGCUAACUGUCUUUCGACGAUAUGUUGUUGUUUGUUUCCUUCACAAGUGAGGAGGAUAGUAAGUAUGAUCGAAAUAGUUCUCGGGGAUUGUAAUUUGAAAUGGCCCGAGACUGGGCUGUUUUGGACACUAAUGCGAGUAGACGGCGAGACUAAAUCUGCAGGUUCUGUGCAGCAGUUUUACUUAAUUUUACGUGUUGAUCCCAUGAAAGCUCGUGCCUAUCAAAAUACCUUGAGGGCCGGUAUUGUCAUCGUCCACCACAUCAGAGUCUCACGAUAACUUAAAGCAAGGAAGAGAAGUGGCCAGAAGAAGGACGUUGAGAUUGCUCGUUUGAGAAAGCAGAACGCUCUCAUGAGGCACAAGAUGCUAGAACUUGGCGAGAACACUUUCAUCCGAGCGCUUGUAGGACGAAGAGCAUCCAAGUAUAGUCUCAAGACACGAGCCAGCUUGAGCUUCGUAGAAGAGUAUCCAGACUCGCCCGUGAUCUCGGCGCUCACUCUCCGCGAUCUGGUUCUCCACAAUCCUUUGUCCAAGAGAUACUUCGUGCCUCCAUGGAACAGGUUGAGAUCCACAAGCACUGGUCCUCUUCCACUAACCAGCGAGGAGGAUUACCAGAUGCGAAGCCAGCUUACGUCGUUUAUAAGCCGAUCGCCAUCGCCAUACUUGGAGAGACGGUCGCGCUCGCCGCCAAAUUCCAGAAGGAGCCCGAUCUGGGGAGACAAAGGAGUAAGUUCUAAACGACGAAAAAAAUCAAGAAGCCCGUAUGAAAAAAAACGCAAACGGAAACGAAAUCGCCAACCACGUCCAAACUUCUACUAUUAACACACAGGCACGCUUUUCUGUUUUUUUUUGUUUCUUUGCUCACAGCUGCCUCCAUGGAGAUAGCCUCAGGUGACGCUAUGAUCUUCAUGCAGAGAAAGACAAAAGCUAGCGAAAACUGUAAAUUUUACGUUAAAGGAAAGGUGGCGCUUAGGGUUUCUGUUUGAAUAUAAAGCUUUCAGUUAGCUCU